ACUCUCUAUAACACAGUCUAUAAAAUCCCCUGCUCGAACCUUAACCGAAAAGUCUCUCUCCCUCCAUCAAGCUCUGCUUAAUUCUCUCAGAAUCUGAGCAUGGCGACUCUCAGAUUCUCCUAUUUCCUCUUGCUUCUCUCAGUACUAUCAGCCUUCGCAGAGGAUGGGUCCAUCGGAAUAAACUACGGUCGGAUCGCUAACAACCUACCGGAGCCAUCAAAAGUGGUGCAGCUUCUAAAAGCACAGGGGCUGAACCGAGUCAAGCUGUACGACACCAGCUCAGAGGUGCUCACCGCGCUGGCAAACUCGGACAUAAGCGUCACUGUUGCGCUACCCAACGAGCUCCUCUCCUCCACCGCUGCUGACCAAUCGGUAGCCGACAAGUGGGUCGAAGCCAACAUCUCUAAGUUCUACCCCGCCACCAAAAUCGAAGCCAUUGCCGUGGGAAACGAGGUCUUCGCUGACCCCAACAACACGACCAAGUUCCUCGUACCGGCCAUGAAAAACAUCCAUGCCUCGCUCGUCAAGUACAAGCUUGACUCCGCCAUCAAAAUCUCGUCGCCUGUAGCUCUCAGUGCGCUCCAAUCCUCGUACCCAUCUUCUUCCGGGUCUUUCAAAGCCGAACUAGUUGAGCCCGUUAUCAAGCCCAUGCUGGACCUCCUGCGUCAAACCGAGUCGUACUUCAUGGUCAACGUGUACCCAUUCUUCGCAUACACUGCAAACUCGGACCAGAUCUCCCUGGACUACACUUUGUUUAAGCAGAACUCUGGUGUGGUGGAUUCGGGUAACGGGUUACGUUACAACAACUUGUUCGAUGCCCAACUCGACGCCGUUUUCGCUGCUCUUUCAGCUCUCAAAUACAACGACGUUAAAAUAGUGGUUACUGAGACUGGCUGGCCCUCAGUCGGCGAUACCAAUGAAAUCGGUGCAAGCCAGGCCAAUGCGGCGUCGUAUAACGGUAACUUGGUGAGCAGAGUGCUCACUGGUGGUGGGACCCCUUUGAGACCUCAGGAACCACUUAACGUUUUUCUAUUUGCUUUGUUCAACGAGAAUCAAAAAUCAGGUCCCACCUCAGAGAGGAAUUACGGGCUGUUUUACCCCAGUGAGCAGAAGGUGUAUGAUAUACCACUGACAGAAGCGGAGCUUGGGAGUAGCCAGUCAACGCCUUCCAACGGGAGCAAGAGCCAGCAGGUUCCGGCCACAGGCGACAUGUCGGAGACGUCGGUGCCGUCAGGUCAGACGUGGUGCGUGGCCAAUGGGAACGUUGGGGAGGAGAAAUUGCAGGCUGCGCUUGAUUACGCUUGCGGUGAGGGAGGGGCUGAUUGCCGUCCGAUUCAGACGGAUGCCACGUGUUACAAUCCUGAUACGAUAGUGGCCCACGCUUCGUACGCUUUUAAUAGCUAUUACCAGAAGAAUUCUCGUGGGGCUGGCUCUUGUGACUUUGGUGGUGCGGCUUAUGUGGUCACUCAACCGCCUAGAUUUGGGACCUGCAAAUUCCCUACAGGGUACUGAGGGGAUGAUCGAUCAAGGAGUUUGGUGAAGUGUAGCUUUGCAUUUGUUGAGCUAAUCUUUAUUUUUUUUCUCUGCUAGCUUUAGGCCAAUAUUGGUGGAGGGAAUUGUUUUAUUUCUUUGUAUUUAUGCUUUAUAAUAUGGUAAGUUGGUGUACUAGUUA